AUGGAUGCAAACCAGAUUGAGGCUUUUCUGACAGCACAGACUAAAAAGCAAGGGGGAAUCACGGUUGAACAAUCUGCAGUCAUUGCUAAGUUUUGGAAGAAUCACAAAAGAAAGAUUCGGGAAAGCAUGAUCAACCACACCAGAUGGGAGAACACCCUUAAAAGCUUAAAAUGGAGAGUAGAUGUAAAAUCACAGUCCAGGUACUCGGACCAAGUCAGCAAUGCUGCUGCUGUGGUGGAGAUGGAGAUUGGGACAAAUGACAAGGUAAGCAGCAUCUGA